AUGCAGGGUAGGAAAUCGAGCAUUCGAAUCUUCGGAAUGUCGCUUCAAUCCCGAAUUUCGAUUCUGAUGCUCUCCAUGUUCGCCAUCUUUGCUUGCUUGUACGUUGCUGGCCGUUUAUGGCAGGAUGCGGAAAACAGGGUUUACUUAGCGAAGGAACUUGAUAGAAUAACCGGACAGGGAAAAUCUGUUAUUUCAGUUGACGAUUCAUGGAAAAUCUUAGGAUGCAGGGAACAGCUAAACAAAUUAGCAGCCUUGGAGAUGGAACUUGCUACAGCCAGACAGGAGGGUUUUGUUUCAAAGUAUUUACCAGAGAUGAAUAAGACUCCUAAGACAAAUCCACUUGUUGUAAUAGGAAUACUUACAGGAUUCGGACGCAAGAAUGAAAGAAAUGCUAUACGCAAGGCAUGGAUGGGAACUGGUUCAGCUUUGAAAAAGAUGGAGGACCAUAAGGGCAUCAUUGUUCGAUUUGUCAUCGGUAGAAGUUCUAAUCGAGGAGACAGCUUGGACCGGAGUAUUGACAGUGAAAACAAACAAACCAAUGAUUUUUUUAUCCUUGAAAACCAUGUAGAGGCACCCAAGGAACUACCGAACAAGACAAAAAUUUUUUUUGCUCAUGCUGCAGAAAACUGGGAUGCUGACUACUAUGCAAAACUCAAUGAUGACAUCUAUGUAAACAUUGAUGCCUUGGGAAAUAUCCUGGCUGCUCAUUUGAACCAGCCUCGUGUAUAUAUUGGGUGUAUGAAAUCAGGUGAAAUUUUUUCCAAAAGCUUCGAGGAAUGGUAUGAACCAGACUGGUGGAAAUUUGGAGAUGGUAAAACUUACUUCAGGCAUGCUUCAGGUGAGAUGUUCGUGAUAUCCAAGGCUUUGGCUAAAUUCGUGUCAAUCAAUAGAUCUGUUCUUCGUGCUUAUGCCCAUGAUGAUGUCAGCGUCGGUUCCUGGUUUAUUGGUGCCAAUGUUGAGCAUAUUAAUGAAAGGAAGUUUUGCUGCUCAUCUUGGUCGUCAGGAGCUAUAUGUACAGGUGUAUAA